AUGUAUCUAGGCGGAUUGUUUGCUGCCGCUUCAUCAGAAGAACGCAAGUACUGGGGUUUCCUCGUUUUCAUGAAGGUCCUCAACGAAGCACCCAUGGAAGUAGCCAGUCAGAUCUUCACGCAAAAUUUUAUGCGCUGUUUGAUGAACCAGCUUGCCGUUGAAGACAGAUACUUGCAUAAGAUUGCUGUCAAGGCUGCAAAGUCGAUACAGGCUCGUACCUCCAAGGAGCCGGACUUUGCAUAUCCUGCCUUAUGCGGCCUUAUGGGACCCAGGGGUGCAGUCAACUUUGACCAGAUUACCAAAGUCAAGAUUGUCGAGAAGAUUGUAGCCGAUGUAUCUCAUACCGCAAUCAAUCAGCUUAUGCCGUUUUUUGAAGGCCUGAUCGUCCACUCAGAAGCUGAUGACAAGGCAGCGGCCUCCAGACGUCAGCUCAUUGCUAACUUCCUGCAGACCAUCAUCAAAUCUUUUAUGACAUCUGCUAAGGAGGAUGAUUCCGAUGAACUAGAUUCAGCUGUUCAGGUGAUCAUCCUCACUCUUGCGAAGUACACCUACUUUUCAAGUGAUACGGCUAAGCCUCCUAUCAGUGAUGCUACCAGGGAAUUGUUCAGAAACAAAAUCAUGGCUUCUCUGAAUAUUAUCAUCAGCAACCAGAAACGGCCCUCUGAUAUUGCAUACAAGGUUGUCCAGAAAAUUAGAGACAUGGAGGAGACUGGAGACUCAGGCAAAUCCAUCAUCGAUAUGAGUGACACUAUAUCUGAAUCCGUCCAUUCUGCAUUCAAGACACUCAAGAAGAUUAACAAGAAGAGUAAACAGGAGGGUGAACAGCAUGACCAGGCUGCUCAGGGGCUUAAGCUGCUAUACUCCUUGACAAUACUUCAAGUAUACAACGGAGAUGCGGACGCAGUGUCAAUGCUGGAUGAGCUCAAGAUGUGUUAUGACAAGUUCUUAAGCCACAAGAAAUCUAACGAUGAAGAAAGCGGGGAAGCUUCUGACGCACUGGUUGAAAUACUGCUCAGCUUUGCUUCGAAACCAUCUCAUUUAUUCCGAAAGAUGAGUGAGCAAGUAUUUGGAGCUUUCGCAGACAAGCUGACCCCUACAGGCCUUCAGUCUCUACUUGCGGUAAGCCCUGUUCUAUAUAUGUAG